AUGACCCAGGCCGAGAAGGGAGACACGGAGAACGGGAAGGAAAAGGGCGGGGAAAAGAAGGAGCAGCGUGGCAGGAAGCGGCCCAUCGUGCCAGCCUUGGUGCCCAAAAAGCUUAGCGGGGCGGCUGGAAGUGACCGGCAUGUGUGGCAAAUCCAGAGCAACUUUAUUGUUGUCAUACAUCCAGGCUCCACAACUUUAAGAAUUGGUCGAGCCACAGACACACUCCCUGCCAGCAUUCCACAUGUCAUUGCACGAAGACACAAACAACAAGGGCAGCCUCUGUACAAGGACAACUGGCUCCUAAGGGAGGGACUAAAUAAACCUGAGAGUAACGAACAAAGACAAAAUGGCCUUAAAACGGUGGAUCAAGCAAUAUGGUCUAAAAAGACGUCAAACGGUACAAGACAGAUUCCUAUGUCUCCUGAACAGGCCCGUGCUUACAACAAGCAGAUGCGCCCCACAAUUUUAGAUCACUGUUCUGGAAAUAAGUGGACAAACACAUCUCACCAUCCUGAGUAUUUGGUAGGAGAAGAGGCCUUAUAUGUGAAUCCACUGGACUGUUACAAUAUUCACUGGCCCAUCAGAAGAGGUCAGUUAAAUAUUCACCCUGGACCUGGGGGCUCCCUUACAGCUCUUCUGGCAGAUAUUGAAGUAAUAUGGUCUCAUGCACUAUAAAAAUACUUGGAAAUCCCACUGAAAGAUUUAAAGUAUUAUAGGUGUAUCUUAUUAAUUCCUGACAUCUAUAAUAAACAGCAUGUGAAAGAACUAAUGAAUAUGAUACUUAUGAAGAUGGGUUUUUCAGGGAUUGUGGUUCAUCAAGAGUCCGUGUGUGCCACCUCUGGAAGUGGCCUAAGCAGCACAUGUAUUGUAGAUGUCGGGGACCAGAAGACAAGUGUCUGCUGUGUGGAGGACGGGGUGUCUCAUCGGAACACUCGGCUCUGUCUGGCAUAUGGAGGAUCUGAUGUGUCCAGAUGUUUUUACUGGCUCAUGCAGCAGGCAGGAUUCCCUUAUAGGGAGUGCCAGCUAACAAAUAAAAUGGACUGCCUGCUACUCCAGCACCUUAAGGAAACCUUCUGUCAUUUAGAUCAGGACAUCUCUGGGCUUCAGGACCACGAAUUUCAGAUUCGUCAUCCAGACUCUCCUGCCUUGCUUUACCAGUUUCGACUAGGAGAUGAAAAGCUCCAGGCUCCAAUGGCUCUAUUUUACCAGGCCACUUUUGGAAUUGUUGGACAGAAGAUGACGACUUUGCAGCACAGAUCCCAGGGUGACCCUGAGGACCCUCACGAUGAACAUUACCUCCUGGCUACGCAGAGCAAGCAGGAGCAGUCUGCAAAAGCUACUGCUGACCGAAAGUCUGCAUCCAAACCCAUUGGCUUUGAAGGAGAUCUUCGUGGCCAGUCUUCCGAUAUUCCAGAAAGACUCCAUUCUCAGGAGGUGGAUUUGGGGUCCUCUCAAGGAGACUGCCUGAUGGCUGGCACCGACUCUGAGGAGGCUCUCAAUGCACUGAUGUCCAGGAAGACUGCCAUCUCGCUGUUUGAAGGGAAAGCCCUGGGCCUUGAUAAAGCCAUCCUUCAUAGCACAGACUGCUGUUCAUCUGAUGAUACCAAAAAAAAGAUGUACAGCUCCAUCCUGGUGGUGGGAGGUGGUUUGAUGUUCCAUAAAGCUCAAGAAUUUCUCCAGCACAGAAUUCUCAACAAAAUGCCCCCUUUGUUUAGGUGAAUUAUUGAAAACGUAGAUGUGAUCACAAGGCCCAAGGACAUGGAUCCCCGGCUGAUUGCAUGGAAAGGAGGGGCAGUGUUGGCGUGUUUGGAUACGACACAGGAACUGUGGAUUUAUCAGUGAGAAUGGCAGCGCUUUGGUGUCCGCAUGUUACGAGAGUGCGCUGCUUUCGUGAAAUGGGAAGGGAGAGCCACUGGAAGACCAAAAACGAGUCUCUCGAUACACAGGAUUAAAGAAUGUACAUAUUUUAAUUUAUUGAAUCACAGGCUUAAUUUUCAUGGAAAGACUUUGCACUUUAUGUUGAGGAUAUGA